AUGCAGUUUGCUGCACAAUCCUGUCAAGUUUGGAAUCUUUAUGGUCCUGCGGAAGCCACACUUGGAACUACAUGUCACCUAAUUGAUGUAGUCUCUCACAUGUAUGAUCUUCCAAUUGGCAAACUACUACCUCGUUACAUAUGCUUACCUCUGAACAACUUCUUGCAAUCUGUUAUGAUUCAGGAAGAAGGAGAACUACUAGUGGGAGGACUUGGUGUUUUUGCUGGUUAUCUUGGUCGUGAUGAUUUAACUGCAAAAGCUCUUGUUCAAAUAGAUGAUCAACUAUUUUAUCGAACAGGUGAUCUUGUUAGAAUGGAUAGCAAUGGUCUUCUUCAUUACCAAGGAAGAAAAGAUCAUCAAAUCAAGUUACAUGGACAACGAAUCGAACUUGGUGAAAUCGAACGAUGUUUACUCAACAUUACAUCUAUAUCUACUUGUGUUGUCAUCAAAUGGAAUGAUGAUUACUUAGUUGCAUAUGUUCAAUCUUCUCAUAUCAGUGAAGGACAACUACGUCAACAUUGUCAGUCUCAUCUUCCAUCAUAUAUGAUUCCAUCUUUCUUCGUUAUUCUUGAGAAAUUACCAUUGAAUCAAAAUGGAAAAAUAGAUCGAAAACUUCUUCCACCACCUCACUUCUCAUCCAUACAUCUCACAAACAGUAUAGAACUAUUAGUACCAACAAAUGAUAUUGAAGUUAGUAUUCAUCAUAUUUGGUGUGAGAUAUUCAACCAGAAUCAAAUCUCAACUGAUACAAAUAUCUUUACUAUUGGUGGUCAUUCAUUACUUAUGAUGCAACUUUUUCAUCGAUACAAGAUCGAGUUUCAUUUAGAACCAAAUACUCUUUCUAUUUCCAAUCUAUUCCAACAUCCAACAAUUAUUCAUCAUGCUCAACUCAUUCAGCAAUCCAUCAAUACCAUUCUCACUCUGGAUGAUUAUUCUUGGUCUUCAUUACAUCUCAUUCAAGCUACAGCAUCUUUUGCACAAGAACGAAUCUAUUUAGAUGAACAAAUUCGUUUUUCAUCCAACAAAACAACAAUGAGUAAUAUGUAUGUUAUUCCAUUACUCUAUCGUAUAUUAUCUAUGAAUGAUCAUGUAUCAAUUACUCGAUUACAUCAUGCAUUUCAAAGUGUUAUCGCAAAACAUAAUAUUCUUCGAACAGCACUUUACAUUGAUGAUACAAAUGAUAAUAUUAUGCAACAUUGUUCAGAUACAAAUGUCAUUGUCAACGAUGAUAUGAAGUCAUAUGGAUUGACAAUCAUUAAUCUUCAUAAUGAUGAUCAUCGUCAUAUGAAUGAAAUUAUUGAUGAAAUAUUGAAUCAAUCAGAUUUAUUUGAUUUAUCACAAGGGCGUGUUAUACGUUGUCAUAUUCUUCGUCAUUGUCAUCAAUCUCAAGAUAGAAUCUCAUAUGAGAAUGAUGAUCUAUUGACUGAAAAUGAUCACAUAUUAAUUAGUAUUCAUCAUGCAAUGUUUGAUGGAGCAUCAACAUCAAUUUUCCUUGGUGAUCUUUCUCUUGCUUAUCAAUCUAAUAAUUUGCUUCCUAUAGAUGAUAAUUCAUUCCAAUAUAUUGACUAUUCUAUUCAUGAACACAUAAUGAAUAUGACAUUACCUCAAGAAUUUUGGCAAUUAGAGCUCAAAGGAUAUAAUCUCGUACGCCAAUUAUCAUUACCUGUUGACCGACAACGUUCAUCAACUAAUCAACAACGGUCAGGUUUAGCUUCUUCAGCUCAAAUCAUUUUUGAUGACGAAUUAUGUAUAUCUUUUCUGAAUUAUGCAUCGUCACAUCAUCUCACACUUUUUCAACUUGGAUUAUCCAUAUUUUAUGUCUUCCUAUUCAAAUUAACUCAUGGUGAGACUGAUCUAUGUAUUUCUUCUAUCAAUGCAAAUCGAUAUCGAAGUGAAUUAGUGAAUAUGAUUGGAAUGUUUGUAUCAAUAUUACCAUAUCAUGUUGAACUUGAUCCUCAUUGGUCAUUUAAUGAAGUAGUUAGAUAUGUACAAGAAAAAUGUUUAUCAAUUCUUGAGCAUUCUCAUUAUCCACUUCAACAUAUUCUUAGUGACUUACAUGUCAGUCAAUCAAAUGUAUCAUUUCUUGAGACGAUAUUUGAUUUCAUCACGAUAUCAAAUGAAAAUAAUGACUUAUGUUUGGAUCGUGUAAAUGUAGAACAAGUAUCGUUAAAUCAAUCAUAUGAAAUGGCUAAAUUUGACUUCUCCUUGACAUUUGUAUACAAUCCAUCUUCGGAUGAUAAUCAGCUGUCUUGUUCUUUCGUUUGUUCACGUGAUAUAUUUGAUACAUCAACAGCUGCCAUAAUAGGUCGAAGACUGAAAUAUCUUUGCGAGCAGAUUUUUGAUAAUAAAUCAACACCGGCGUCCUUUGCACAAUAUCGAAUAUGGUCUGGAAAUCAAAGAGAUGCCGAUACUGACCAUUCAUCUUUGAUAACCCAUAAUGUAUCAUUUUUCUAUCGCUUCUAUACAGGAGCUAUUUUAUCUGUAGAACAACUUCGUCAUGCUUUUCAACUUGUUGUUAACAAACAUGAAUCACUUCAUACAUCACUCAUCUACGACUCUAAUAAAAAUCUACUCAUGCAGAGAGUUCUCACUCAACAAGAUAUCAACAACGACAUGGUUACAAUUACUAAGAGCACUUAUGAAACUGAUGAACAACUCAAUGAUAUCAUCGAAAAUGAGAAAUGUAACCCUCACCUGUUCGAUCUUACUCAAGGUCUUGUCUUUCGAUGUCAUAUUAUUUACUAUAAACAAAUCUCUUCAACCAACAUCUUUUCCGAUAAAGAUAUAAUUAUCUUCAAUUUCCAUCAUGCUUUCUUUGAUUAUCCAUCCAUGAAUAUAUUUCUUCAUGAUCUUGAUCAAGCUUACAAAAUAGGUCAGCUAACAACUGAUAAUGCGACUACUCUACGUUAUAUCGAUUACGCUGUCGUCGAACAACAAAUGUCCAUGACUGGUGCAAGUAUGUUUUGGCUUGAUACACUUUAUGAUAGUCAUCUCGAUCAAUCUUUAUCAUUACCAUAUGAUCGAUAUCGUCUUAUGAAUAAACAACGAACUGAUCGGAGAAAAUCUGUCUCUUUUGAUUUUGGUCAAGAUCUCUCUCAUCAUUUUCUUACCUAUGCAUCAUCAAACAAUAUCAAAUAUGAACAUCUAGCACUUGCUAUUUACUAUGUUUAUUUAUUCAAAUUAACAAAUGGUGAAAAAGAUUUAUGUAUUGCAAUGAAUAUCGACAAUCGUUAUAGAGAUGAACUAAAAUCUAUCAUUGGAUUGUUUGAGAAUAUCAUUCCAUUGAGAUGUCAGCUAGAUCCUCAUUGGACUUUUCAUUAUCUACUUGAUUAUGUUCAAGAGAUGUCAACAAAUAGUAUGAAAUAUUCUUAUUAUCCUCUUCAACGUAUUCUCAAUCAACAUCUAAAUGUUUCAAAACCAGCAUUUCUUGAUAUAUCAUUUCAAUUUGUACCAUCUAUGACAAGUAGAGACAAUCAGCUAAUAAUGAUUGGUAAUAGUCAACUUUCAUCAAUACCUUUCGUAAUGAACAUUAAUGAUAAUGAGAUUAGAAAUAAGUAUGAUUUCUCACUUAUAAUCCAACAUGAUCUCAAUAUUAAUCAAUUCACAUGUACAAUCAAUGGAUCACUUGAUUUAUUCAAUGUACAAACAAUUGAUAAGAUUUCUCAACGAUUUCAUUCAAUCUUAAAUCAAUUAUUUACAUCUGUUGAUGAUCAAAUGAAUAAGUCAAUCUAUGAAAUAUCAUUAACAUUACCGAAUGAAAGAUUACACAUGCAAUCAAUAAAUAAUACACAAGUAUCAUUUUCAUCUCCUGUCACUUGUAUUCAUCAUGAAUUUGUUUGUCAAGUAAUGAAACAUCCACAAAAACUAGCUGUUGAACUAGAUGAACAAUCAUUGACAUAUUGUGAACUUCUAUAUUAUGUUCAAGUAUCAUCCUUGCAUCUUAUAAAUAAACAUGUUGUAGUUCCAGGUGAAAUCAUUUGUGAAUGUGUUGACAGAAGUUUGUCAAUGGUUAUUGGUAUAAUGGCGAUUGAAAUGGCUGGUGGUGUAUAUUGUCCAUUAUCACCUCGAGAUCCACAGCAUCGUUUACGUGCACUUACAGAACAAAGUCAAAGUCGUCUUGUUAUUGUUCAUUGGUUGACGAAAACGAAAUUCAAUAAUGAUAAUCUUUGGAUUGAUAUUCAAUCAAUAUUGUUUAAUAAUGAUGUAAAGAAUGAUGUUGAUGUUGAUCGACUAUCAAGUAUUACAGUCAUGCCUAAUGAUAUUGCUUAUAUCAUUUUCACAAGUGGUUCAACUGGAACACCUAAAGCGGUUCAAGUUCGACAUAAGAACUUCAUUGAUUGUAUUAAUUCUUUGGUUUAUAUUAACUCAUUUAAUAAAGAUGAUACAGUUGUACAAAUGACACGAUGUUCAUUUGAUAUUCAUGUUCAAGAAAUACUUGGUACAUUGUUGGUUGGAGGCACAUUGAUUAUGCUCCAUCCAGGUGGAAUCAUCGAUUUCGAUUAUUUAACCAAAGGUGUGUUUAUUGUUGUAGGUGAACCUUUUUCUGUUCCCUUAAUUAGUUUUAUCGUAAAAGUCGGUAUAACGAACUGUAUUGUAUGGAAUUUGUAUGGUCCAGCUGAAACAACCAUAGAUUGUACAUUUCAUCGUAUAAAUGUCGCAAAUAAUAAAGAAAGCAUUCCAAUUGGUAUACCACUUUCAAAUUACCGAUGUAUGAUUAUUAAUCAAUAUUUGCAAUCAUCUGUCACUGAUCAAGAAGGUGAACUGUUUGUAGGAGGAGUAGGUGUGUUUGCUAGUUAUCUUGGGCGUCAUGAUUUAACUGCAAAAGCUCUUGUUGAAAUAGAUGGUCAACUAUUUUAUCGAACAGGUGAUAUUGUUACAAUGGAUAACUAUGGUCUUAUUCAUUAUCAAGGAAGAAAAGAUUAUCAGGUGAAACUACAUGGACAACGAAUUGAACUUGGUGAAAUCGAACAAUCUUUACUUCGAACAUCAAUUUCAGCUUGUGUUGUUAUUAAAUGGAGUGAUGAUCAUCUGAUUGCUUAUGUUCAAAGUCCUCAUAUUGAUGAAAAACAGUUACGCGAACAUUGUCAAUCACAUUUACCGCUUCAUAUGAAUCCAUCCAUAUUCAUUGUACUUGAUAAAUUACCUUUGAAUGCAAAUGGAAAAAUAGAUCGAAAACUUCUUCCACCACCUCACUUCUCAUCCGCACAUCUCACAAACAGUUUAGAACUACUACUACCAACAAAUGAUAUUAAAGUUAGCAUUCAUCAUAUUUGGUGUGACGUAUUCAAACAAAAUCAAAUCUCAGUUGAUACAAAUAUGUUUACUAUCGGUGGUCAUUCAUUAAUCAUGAUGCAACUAUUUCAUCGAUAUAAAAUACAAUUUCAUCUUGAAACAGACUCUCUUUCUAUUUCUAAUCUAUUUCAACAUCCCACUAUUAUUGGUCAUGCUCAACUCAUUUAUCAAACUAUGAAUGUGAAAGAGAAUAUCAAUGACUAUCAUUGGUCUUCAUUACAUAUUAUGAAAGCUAAAGCAUCAUUUGCGCAAGAACGUAUAUUCUUAGAUGAACAAAUUCGUUUCUCAUCAACAAAUAAUAAUACCAACGUGUAUGUUAUUCCAUUAAUUUAUCGUGUUUCAUCUAUGAAUGAUCAUAUAUCUAUUUCACGAUUACAACAUGCAUUUCAAUCUAUCAUAAGAAAACAUCAAAUUCUUCGAACAGCACUAUAUCUUGAUGCAAAUGGUACUAUUAUUCAACAUUGUUUAGAUACAGAUACUACUAUUAAUGAUAAAAAAUCAUCUAGAUUUUUGAUAAUUAAUCUUUCUGAUGAAGAACAUAAACAAAAUGAAAUUGUAAAGAAGAUUUUGAAUCUAUCAGAUUUGUUUGAUUUAUCAAGAGGACAUGUCAUUAAUUGUCAUAUUCUUCGUCAUCAUCAAUCACAUCAUUCAUUCACUCACAAUAAUGUUGAUCUGUUGACCAAAGAUGAUCUGAUAUUAUUUACUAUUCAUCAUACUUGCUUUGAUGGAGCAUCAGUACCAAUCUUCAUUCGUGAUUUUUCUCUUGCUUAUCAAUCUAAUGAGCUGCUUCCUGUAGAUGACAAUUCAUUACAGUACGUUGACUAUUCGAUUUAUGAACACAUAAUGGAUAUGACAGUAUCUCAAGAGUUUUGGCAAUUAGAGCUCAAAGGAUAUAAUCUCACACGCCAAUUAUUAUUACCUGUUGAUCGACAACGUUCAUCAACGAAUCAACUACGAUCAGGUUUAGCUUCUUCAGCUCAAAUCACUUUUGAUGAUGAAAUAUGUACAUCAUUUCUCAACUAUGCAUCAUCACAUCAUCUCACACUUUUUCAACUUGGAUUAUCUAUAUUUUAUGUCUUCCUAUUCAAAUUAACUCAUGGUGAGACUGAUCUAUGUAUUUCUUCUAUUAAUGCUAAUCGAUACCGAAGUGAAUUAGUGAAUAUGAUAGGAAUGUUUGUAUCAACAUUACCAUUUCGUGUUGAAAUUGAUUCUCAAUGGUCAUUUGACGAAGUAGUUAAAUAUGUACGAGAGAAAUGUUUAUCAAUUCUUGAGCAUUCUCAUUAUCCACUUCAACAUAUUCUUAGUGAUUUACAUCUCACUCAAUCAAAUACAUCAUUUCUUGAAAUAAUGUUUGAUUUUAUUACUGUGUCAAAAUAUGUCGAACAUUUAUGUUUAAAUGAUACAGAUUUAGAACAAGUAUUGUUAGAACAAUCAACUGAAGUGUCUAAAUUUGACUUCUCAUUAACAUUUGAAUACAAUGUAUUAUUAGAUAACAAGAGAUUAUCAUGUGGUUUUAUUUGUUCAUGUGAUCUGUUUGAAAAAUUAACUAUUUCAAUAAUAGCUCAAAGAUUUCAACAUAUGUUACAGCAACUAUUUCAAACACAAUCAAGCAACAUCCCUAUGAUGAAUGCGAAUUCGUCGAUUAGCGAGCUAUCUCUUAUUCUCCCUGAAGAAGCUGAAGAAAUGAAAGUAAUGUUAUUUCAUCGAUUGGAGAAUAUUGUGAAUGAAGCACCAGCAUCAUUUGCACAAGCUCGUAUAUGGCUUGAUGAAAAAAUUCAAUUCGAUCCAGAGAAACCACAAAUAGCAAUCUAUAAUAUGCCUUUCGUUUAUCGUCUGCAACCAGUUCAUACUUUAUCAGUUAAACAACUCCGUCAUGCUCUUCAUCUCACUGUCAACAAACAUCCUUCACUUCACACAUCACUUCAUUUUGAUAUCCAAAAGAAUCUACUGAUGCAACAAGUUAUUACUCAUGAAGAUAAGAAUGAAAAUAAUAAUAUAUUUUCAAUAAUCGAAACUACUUAUGAAACAGAUGAACAAAUCAACGAUAUUUUACAUGAUGAGAAACGUAAUUCUCAUCUUUUUAAUCUUGCUCAUGGUCUUGUCUUUCGAUGUCGUCUUGUUUAUUACAAACAAAUAUCUUCAAAUCAUCUUCUUUCUCACAAAGAUCUGCUUAUUUUUAAUUUUCAUCAUGCUUUAUUUGAUUUUUCAUCAAUGAAUAUAUUUCUUCAUGAUCUCAAUCAAGCAUAUACAACAAAUCAACUAUUAUAUGAUGAGAACACUAAUCUUCGUUAUCUUGAUUAUGCUGUUAUUGAACAACAAAUGUCAAUGACUGGUGCAAGCAUGUUCUGGCUUGAUGUUCUGCAUGACUGUAAACUUGAUCAACCUUUGUCAUUACCAUUUGAUCGAUAUCGUCUUUCUAAUGAAUAUAGAACUGGUCGUGGAACAUCUAUUUCGUUUGAUUUUGGUCAAGAUCUCUCACAUGACUUUCUUACUCAUACAUCAGCAAAUAGCAUAUCACUGGAACAUCUCGCACUUGCUACUUAUUAUGUGUUUUUAUUCAAAUUAACAAAUGGAGAAAAAGAUUUAUGCAUCGGAAUAAAUACACUUGGUAGAUACAGAGAUGAGCUUAACUCUAUUAUUGGAAUGUUUGUGAAUGCUAUCCCUUUGCGAUGUCAACUCGAUCCUCAUCUAUCAUUUCAUAAAGUCACUAAGCACGUUCAAAAUAAUAUGAUAAAUAGUAUUAAAUAUUCAUAUUUUCCACUUCAACAUAUUCUCAAUCAACAUCCAAAUAUAUCAAAUCCUGUAUUUCUUGAUACAUCAUUUGACUUUGUAUCAUCUAUGAGAAGAGAUGAGGAGAAUGAAAUAAUGAUCGGUGAUAGUCGAUUCUCUUUAUUACUUGAUUCCAUUAAGAUUAGUGAAAAUGAAAUAAUGAGUAAAUGUGAUUUAAACAUUAGUUUUCAUCAUGAUCUCAAUGUAAAUGAAUUCUCAUGCACCAUUAAUGCAUCACUUGAUCUAUUUAAUGUUGAAACCGUUUGUAUAAUUGCACAAAGAUUUCAGACAAUGUUACAUCAACAAUUGACGUCUUUCGACUGUACAACAAACAAACCUAUCUAUGAACUGUCAUUAAUAUUAUCAAAUGAACAAUAUCUAAUGCAAUCAUUGAAUAAUACACAGAUACCAUUUUCAUCUACUCUCACUUGUAUUCACCAUGAAUUUGUAUAUCAAGUAAUGAAACAUCCACAAAAAGUAGCUGUUGAACUAGAUGAACAAUCAUUGACAUAUUGUGAACUUCUGUAUUAUGUUCAAGUAUUAUCUUUCACUCUUCUUAAUGAAUAUCAUGUCAUUCCAGGCGAGAUCGUGUGCCAAUGUGUUGAACGAAGUCUUUCGAUGGUGAUUGGAAUAAUGGGAAUUGAAAUGGCUGGUGGUGUUUACUGUCCAUUGUCACCUCGAGAUCCGCAACAUCGUUUACACGCACUUACUCAACAAACUCAGAGCCGUCUGAUUUUUGCUCAUUAUUUAACUAAGGCCAAAUUCAAUGACGAUAUUGUUGUGCUUGAUAUUGAUUCAAUAUUAGUUAUUAAUGAUGUGAAUAGUGACAUGGAUAAUAACUGUUUUUCAAGUGUACUAGUGGAAGGUGAAGAGAUAGCAUAUAUUAUUUUUACAAGUGGUUCGACUGGAACACCUAAAGCGGUUCAAGUCCGACAUAAGAACUUCAUUGAUUGUAUAAAUUCUUUAGCUUAUAUUAACUCAUUUAAUAAAGAUGAUACAGUUGUACAAAUGACACGAUGUUCAUUUGAUAUUCAUGUUCAAGAAAUACUUGGUACAUUGUUGGUUGGAGGCACAUUGAUUAUGCUUCAUCCAGGUGGAACCAUCGAUUUUGAUUAUUUAACCAAAGUGUUACAGAACAAACAGAUCACAUAUCUGCAUACCGUUCCAAGUUUAUUGCAUAGUUUUUUUACUUUUAUCGAGCAAAAUAACAAUCCGAAUGUUUUGAAACAUCUUCGAUCACUUUGCAGCAGUGGUGAACCUUUUUCUGUUGCUUUAAUUGGUUUGACUGUGAAGAUCGGUAUAACAAACUGUAUCGUAUGGAAUUUGUAUGGUCCAGCAGAAGCAACUAUAGGUUCUACAAUUCACAGUGUAGACGUCACCAGUGAUACACAAAGUAUCCCAAUUGGUAGACCAUUUUAUAAUUAUCGAGGUAUGAUUAUUAAUCAAUAUUUACAAACAUCUGCCACCGAUCAACAAGGUGAACUGUUUGUGGGAGGGGCAGGUGUGUUUGCUAGUUAUCUCGGACGUCAAGACUUAACUGCAAAAGAUCUUCUUGAAAUAGAUGGUGUACCAUUUUAUCGAACAGGCGAUCUUGUUCAUGUAGAUAAUAAUGGAUUGAUACAUUAUGUUGGUCGAAAAGACUUCCAGAUCAAAUUACAUGGACAACGAAUUGAACUUGGUGAAAUCGAACGAUCUUUGCUUGAAACAACCAUAUCGGCUUGCGUUGUUAUUAAAUGGAAUGAUGAUCAUUUAGUUGCUUAUAUUCAAAGCUCUCAUAUUAAUGAAAAACAAUUACGUGAGCAUUGCCAAUCUCAUCUACCAUCACAUAUGACACCAUCAGUCUUUGUUAUACUUGACAGAUUACCAUUAAAUGCAAAUGGAAAAAUAGAUCGAAAACUUCUUCCUCCACCUAGUUUUUCACCAAUGCAUCUCACUAGUCAUGAUAAAUUAUUACUCCCAACAAAUGAUAUUGAAGUUAGCAUUCACCAUAUUUGGUGUGAGAUAUUCAAACAAAAUCAAAUCUCAACUAAUACAAAUAUCUUUACUAUUGGGGGUCAUUCACUACUUAUGAUGCAACUAUUUCAUCAAUACAAGAUCGAAUUUCAUUUAGGACAAAAUCAAAAUACUCUCUCAAUAUCUGAUCUAUUUCAACAUCCCACUAUUAUUGGUCAUGCUCAACUCAUUUAUCAAACUAUGAAUGUGAAAGAGAAUAUCAAUGACUAUCAUUGGUCUCCAUUACAUAUCAUGAAAGCUAAAGCAUCAUUUGCACAAGAACGUAUUUUCUUAGAUGAACAAAUUCGAUUUUCAUCAGCAAAUAAUAAUACUAACAUGUAUGUUAUUCCAUUAAUCUAUCGAAUUUCAACUAUGAAUGAUCACAUAUCUAUUUCACGAUUACAACAUGCAUUUCAAUCUAUCAUAACAAAACAUCAAACUCUUCGAACAGCACUAUAUCUUGAUACAAAUGGUACUAUUAUUCAACAUUGUUUAGAUACAAACGCUAUUAUCAAUGAUAAGAAAUCAUCUAGAUUUUCGAUGACUAAUCUUCCUAACGAUGAACAUGAGCACAACGAAAUUGUGAAGAAGAUUUUAAGUCAAUCAGAUUUGUUUGAUUUAUCAAAAGGAUAUGUUAUUAAUUGUCAUAUUCUUUGUCAAAAUCAAUCAAAUCGUUCAUUCACUCACAAUAAUAAUGAUGUAUUGACUAAAGAUGAUCUGAUCUUAUUUACCUUUCAUCAUGCUUGUUUUGAUGGAGCAUCAACAUCAAUCUUCAUUCGUGAUCUUUCGCUUGCUUAUCAAUCUAAUAAUUUGCUUCCUAUAGAUGAUAAUUCAUUCCAAUAUAUUGACUAUUCUAUUCACGAACACAUCAUGGAUAUGACAUUAUCUCAAGAGUUUUGGCUAUUAAAACUCAAGGGAUAUAAUCUCACACGCCAGAUAUCAUUACCUGUUGACCGGCAACGUUCGUCAAUUAAUCAACAACGAUCAAGUUUAGCAUCCAUAGCUCAAAUCACUUUCGAUGAUGAAAUAUGUAUAUCAUUUCUCACCUAUGCAUCAUCACAUCAUCUCACACUUUUUCAACUUGGAUUAUCCAUAUUUUAUGUCUUCCUAUUCAAAUUAACUCAUGGUGAGACUGAUCUAUGUAUUUCUUCUAUCAAUGCAAAUCGAUAUCGAAGUGAAUUAGUGAAUAUGAUUGGAAUGUUUGUAUCAACAUUACCAUAUCGUGUUGAACUUGAUUCUCAAUGGUCAUUUGAUGAAGUAGUUAGAUAUGUACAAGAAAAAUGUUUAUCAAUUCUUGAGCAUUCUCAUUAUCCACUUCAACAUAUUCUUGCUGAUUUACAUCUCACUCAAUCGAAUGUAUCAUUUCUUGAAACAAUGUUUGAUUUUAUCACUAUAUCAGAUGAAGAUAGUUAUUUAUGUCUGAAUGGUGUCAAUCUACAACAAGUGUCAUUAAGUGAAUUAUAUGAAAUGGCUAAAUUUGACUUCUCAGUGAACUUUACAUACAAUUCGUCAUCAGAUGAUAAUCAAUUGUCAUGUUCUUUUGCUUGUUCAAGUGAUUUAUUUGAUGAAAGAAUACUCACCAUAAUAGGUCGAAGAUUUCAAUACAUGUUUCAGCAACUGUUUCAAACACAAUCGAGCAACAUUCCUUUGAUCAACGGGUGUUCAUCGAUUGACAAAGUUUCUCUAAUUCUUUCUGAAGAAGCUGAAGAAAUCGAAUUGAUCGUGUUUGAUCGAUUGAAGGGUAUUCUUAGUGAAGUACAACAUCUCCGUCAUGCUCUUCAACUAAUCGUCAAAAAACAUGAAUCCCUUCGAACAUCACUCGUACUUCAUAAACACAACAAUCGACUCAUGCAACAAAUCAUCGACUUGAGCCAGAAUGAUAAUACAUUAUUUUCAUUUAGUGAAAGCAUUUAUACUACACAUGAACAACUCAACGAUAUUUUACAUGAUGAAAAACGUAAUCCUCAUCUUUUUGAUCUUGCUGAAGGUCUUGUCUUUCGCUGUCAUCUUGUUUAUCACAAACAAAUCUCUUCAAAUGAUCUACUUUCUGACAAAGAUCUACUCAUCUUCAACUUUCAUCAUGCUUUAUUUGACUAUCCAUCAAUGAAUAUAUUUCUUCAUGAUCUCAAUCAAGCAUAUACAACAGGUCAAUUAUUAUAUGAUGACAACACCAAUCUACGCUACCUCGAUUAUGCGGUAAUUGAACAACAAAUGUCAAUGACAGGUGCAAGUAUGUUUUGGUUUGAUACUCUUCAUGAUUGUAAACUCGAUCAGUCUUUGUCGUUACCAUUUGAUCGAUAUCGUCUCUCAAAUGAACAUCGAACUAGUCGCAGAACAUCUAUUUCUUUUGAUUUUGGUCAAGAUCUCUCACAUGAAUUUCUUACACAGGCAUCAUCAAAUAACAUAUCACUCGAACACCUCACAUUUGCCAUUUAUUUCAUCUUUCUAUUUAAAUUAACUAAAGGACAAACAGAUCUCUGUCUGGCUAUGAACAUCAAUAAUAAUCGAUAUAGAGAUGAACUCAAAUCAAUCAUUGGAUUGUUUGAGAAUAUCAUUCCAUUGCGAUGUCAAUUAAAUCCUCAUUCGUAUUUACAUCAACUGUUCGAACAUAUUCGAGAGAUAACAACAAAUAGUAUGAAAUAUUCAUAUUUUCCACUUCAACGUAUUCUCAACCAACAUCCAGAUAUUUCAAAAUAUGCAUUUUUGGAUACAUUUUUGGAGUUUACAUCAAACAACAGCAACAAUGUAACCAUGAUUGGUGAUUCUCAACUUCUUCCAGCAUCUUUCUCAUUCAAUGAUAAUGAAGAUGAGAUAUUAGAUAUACACGACCUCUCUCUUUUAAUUCAUCAUGAUAUGAACAUGAAUAAACUAUCAUGCACAAUCAAUGCAUCACUUGAUUUGUUCAAUAGAGAGACAGUGGAGAAGAUUUCACAACGAUUUCAUUCCAUUUUACACCAACUAUUGGCAUCUAUGAUUGAUAAUCAAAUGAACAAACCUAUCUAUGAAUUAUCAUUAACAUUAUCAAAAGAACAAUAUAUGAUACAAUCACUGAAUAAUACACAAAUAUCAUAUUCAUCUGCUCUCACUUGUAUCCAUCAUGAAUUUGUGAAACAAGUAAAGAAACAUCCACAAAAACUAGCAGUUGAACUAGAUGAACAAUCUUUGACAUAUUGUGAACUUCUAUAUUAUGUUCAGGUCCUAUCUUUAACUCUUCUUAAUGAAUAUUAUGUCACUCCAGGUGAGAUUGUUUGUCAAUGUGCUGAGCGAAGUUUGUCAAUGGUGAUUGGUAUUAUGUCAAUCUUAAUGGCUGGUGGUGUUUAUUGUUCAUUGUCGCCUCGAGAUCCAGAACAUCGUUUGCAUGAAUUCAUACAACAAACACAAAGUCGCCUUGUUCUUGUUCAUUGGCUGACAAAAAUGAAGUUUAAUAAUGAUAUUCUUUCAGCUGAUAUUCAUUCGAUACUCGCUAAUAAUGAUGUAAUGAGCGAUGCUGAUUUUGCUCGACUAUCAAGUAUUACUGUCACACCUAAUAAUAUUGCUUUUAUCAUUUUCACAAGUGGUUCAACAGGAAUACCGAAAGCGGUAAGUGAAUACUAA